AAAUGAAUAAGUUAUGGCUAACCUACAUAUGUCAUUGAAUAUGGAGUGAAUCAAUUUUAUUUGUUUUGAACUGUAGGAACCUUGGAUCCAUUAGAUUAUUACGAAAAUGUGGGCGUGGUUGUGAAUAACCUAGAGAUGAAUAGAAGAAGUUUACUUCAUAGAGGAAAAAAAAUGAAAGGAAUAUUCACUUGCACGUUCCAAUGCUGGAUAUUGAGUUGAGUGAGGAGUGAGUAGAGUGUACAUAGCAUGUGCGUGUAAUGAUCUACGACGCAUUUUAAUUUUAAUGUUUAUAGUUAUGUUUAUCAGAAAUAUCAUUUUGAGGAUAUAAGAGUAGAUUAAUAUUUAUGUAAAAAUGGAUCUUUUUAUUAUAUUUAUCAUCAUGUUUGGGUUGAUAUUUUUUAUUAUAUUGGGGUUUAUAGUAAAAACAUUCUGUCAGGCUUGUGGGAAUGCUGAUCCAAGCAAUAGUUCAAAUAAUAGAUGGAAUGGAAAUAAUGAUACAGGAUUUUCCAACAAUCAAACCUCGGAUUUCGAUGCAAUAAAUCUCUUUAGUUCAACAACACCAUCAGUAUGGGAUUCAAUUAUUGUUUCUUCAGAUACUGGAGCCAAUUGUGAUGUUGCCAUUGGAGAUUCUGGAGGAGGAUAUUGCGACGCUGGCGGAGGAACUGUAGAUGCUGGUGGAUGCUGCGAUGCCGGCGGUGGAGGGUGUGAUUCCGGUGGAGGAGGAAGUUGUGAUUGAAUUUAUCACAAAAAGUAUAACAAUCGACAAUUUUGACGAUUGCAACACUCCAGCUCUAAAUAACCAAAUAAGCCAAAUGAUAAUUGCAAACAACGAUCACUGCAAUCCUGGACACUACUUAACAGGAGACUACGCCGCUUGUCAUCCAGGGAUCGACUUUGGAGGUGGCGAAGUAGGAGGUGACCUUGGAUUUGGCGGUGAUAUGGGAGGCUGCGAUUAAUUAAUAAUAAUUAUAAUAACGAUUAAUAAGUAUAAGCUAACGAUCAAUUAUUUUUUUAAUAUUAUUACAGUACAAAUUAUUAUUUAUAAACUGAUU